UUUAAUGCUACAUUUACACCAGCAAAUGACGGUUAUGUGACAGAUGUUUACUGUACAAUAUACCAUGGUGGUACGCCAGAGGUUGACGUCAUACUUAUGGCAACGAAAGAGGACGUUAGCGAAAAUACUACGACAUCACAAAAAUAAGAUAGCCGAGAAAUUGCAUCAUAUAAAUUCUCUGUGCUAUCUGGUAUGGAUUCAACAUACACGUGCGUAAUCCUAAACGCGAAUGAAUUGGCAAAACUUGCUAUUCUUCCUGUUAUAAUAUUUCGAUUGCCUUCAUACAAUGGAAGUCUGCAGAUUGAUAUGACUACGAGUUCUGCAAUAAGUAUUAAGUGGACUGCGUGGGACAACACUACAGACGAAGGAGAUGGGCCUGUUAUUGGAUACAUUAUUCAUCAUAGACUUAGCAAUGCCGAAACUGAUGACUGGAAACAAUCACUAAUUCAUACUACAUUGUCAGGAACUGUUUCAGGGUUGCUGUGGGAUACAAAUUACACUUUUGCAGUGUCAGCUGUCAGACCUGGUGGUGGCGGCAAAGGUCCAAUUGGAAUGCAGCGAAUCAGCACGAAAACUCUUUGUGGAAGACCUAAGGUGGGUGCUGGUAUUGGUGGGGGCGUUGGAGCAGCCAUCUGUACUAUUGUGUUGGUUGUGAUUAUUACAAUAAUAUUUCG